AUGAAUAUUUUGGUCUGGAAUUGUAGGGGUGCUAUAAAGCCUGAGUUUAGGAAGACUGUUAUGGAUCUUGUUGAUUGGCACGCUCCCUUUCUCAUGGUUAUUACUAAGACAAAGUUGUCUAGAGCAAGAGCAACUGAAAUUAUAGAGAGUUUGCCUUUUGAUGGUUGUGCAAUUGCAAACACUAUUGGUGCCAUUUAUGCUAGCCCUAGAUUUGCUGAGAGAUGUGUGCUUUGGGAUAAUCUUAAAAUGCUUGCUUCCUUGCAUAAUCUGCCUUGGGCUAUGAUGGGAGACUUUAAUGAAGUGAUUUCAGAAGAAGAAAAAUCUGGGGGUAAUCCCAUUAGUCAGCGAAGGGUAAAUCCGGAUUGGAGGGCUUAUUACUCUGAAGCAAAUGUCACUCACUUAGCCAGGAUUAAUUCGGAUCAUUGCCCGUUACUGCUUAACCUUCACCCAGCCACUGGGCAAGGUUCAAAUCGGCCUUUUAGAUUCCAGUCUGUGUGGUUGAGUCAUAAGGAUUUUCCAGCUGUGGUCUGGGAAGCUUGGGCAGGCAUGGAUGAUAAUUUGGAGGUUGCUAUUGAUAGAUUCAUUAUUCGAGCGCAGAAAUGGAACAAAGAAAUUUUUGGAAAUGUGUUUUUGAGGAAAAAGAAGAUCCUUAAUCGCCUUGUGGGGAUUCAGAAAGCUCUUGCCAAUUACCCCAGCCCCUUCCUCAUUAACCUCCAGGAUCAAGUUACUGAGGAAUAUAACCAACUCCUUCUUCUUGAGGAGGAAAUUUGGGCCUUGAAAUCAAGAACCAACUGGAUUAUUUAUGGAGAGAGGAACACUGCUUUCUUCCAUCAGUCUACUCUUGCCAGAAGAAGCAGAAACAGGAUAACCAGUAUCCAAGAUGCAAAUGGAAAUUGGGUUCACAAUUUGGAUGGAGUUAAAGAAGUUAUCUUAACUCAUUUCCAAAAGCUUUACCAAUCUGAGCUAUGCUAUUGGCCUCGGGAGCAUCCUUGGAGUUCUGAUUGGUGUGCUAGUCUAGAUGAAGAAGAGGCCAAUUCUUUAGUGCAUAUUCCUUCCAAUGGGGAAAUAUGGUGUGCUCUGAAGUCUAUGAAGCCCUAUAAAGCUCCGGGUGUUGAUGGCCUUCAUGCAGGUUUUUUCCAAAGGUUUUGGCUCCUGGUUGGUGAUUCUGUUAAAAAGAUUAUAAGGGACAUUUUUAUUAAUCAUGAGAUGCCUGCUUUCCUAAACCAGACCCUUAUUGUGCUCAUACCCAAGCAGUUAGGUCCGGAGAAUGUGGGGCACUUUAGACCCAUCAGUUUAUGCAACACGGUUUAUAAAAUCGUUGCAAAAAUCCUGGUGCAAAGACUUAGACCCCUCCUGCCCUCCCUUGUUUCGCCUAUGCAAGCUGCUUUCCUUGAAGGAAGAAGAAGUUCAGAUAAUGUAAUCAUCGCCCAAGAGCUCAUAUAUUCCCUUAAGGGUAGAAAAGGGAAAGAUGGGUACAUGAUUGUCAAAAUAGACCUUGAAAAGGCUUAUGAUCGCCUUGAAUGGAGUUUCAUCAAAAUGGUCCUAGAGCACUUUGGGCUGCCCAAUAAUAUUGUUAAAUUGAUCAUGAGCUGUGUUUCGACUACUACCACUUCUAUCUUGAUCAACGGUAGCAAGAUGGAUUCUUUCCAGCCCUCACGUGGAAUAAGGCAAGGCGACCCCUUAUCGCCCUAUUUAUUUAUUCUAUGCAUGGAGUUUUUGGGGGCCCAGAUUUCGGAUAUGUGUGAGCAAAAGCGGUGGGAUUCUAUCAAGGCUUCAAGAAAUGGCCCUAGUUUCUCCCACAUAUUCUUUGCUGAUGACUUGUUACUUUUUGCAAAGGCAAACUCUAAAAACUGUGAGGCAAUUAUAGAUGUGCUUGAUCAUUUUUGUAACCUUGCUGGGCAGAAGGUUAAUAAAGCUAAAUCUCACAUUUUGUUCUCCCCCAAUGUUGCUAGGAGAAGAAAAAGGAGACUAUGUCAUAAAAUGGGGAUUUAUGAAACAUCGGACUUGGGUAGAUACUUGGGCUUUCCCCUCUUACAGCAAGGAAGAGUUGGAAGUGCUUUCAAUUUUGUAGCAGAAAAAAUUCAAGCCAAGCUUGCAGGGUGGAAGUCGAGACUUUUAUCAAGAGCUGGUAGAUUGGUGCUUAUCAAAACAGCAGCUGCCCCUAUUGCAGAUUAUUAUAUGCAAUGCCAUGCUCUUCCUAUAAAAGUCUGUAACAAUAUUGACAAGAUAAUGCGUGAUUUCUUAUGGGGCUCCACGGAUGAGAAGAAAAAGAUGCACAUGGUAAAUUGGCAGACUGUUACGCAGCCAAAGGAGCUAGGUGGUCUAGGCCUUUUUCAAACAAGACAUAGAAAUCAAGCUUUGUUGGCAAAGCUGUGUUGGCGCUUAGCUUCUGAGCAUGAAGCUCCUUGGGGUCUUAAGUGGACUGUUAAUAAUGGCAAAUCAAUAAAUUUCUGGAAAGAUUUUUGGCUUCCCUGUGGGCCUCUUCGAAGCAUCAUUGAAGGCCCUCUUCACCGUGAUGAAGAUCAACUAACGGUUCAGCAUGGGAUAGGUCAAAGCUACAAUGGAGGUGUUUUUAAUUUUUCUUUUGAGCUUCCGGAUCAGAUUUUGAAUUUAGUCAGGGCCACUCCUUUUGCGCUUAAUCAAGAGACGGAAGACUCUCUCGCUUGGGCUUUUUCAAGGGAUGGGUAUUUCUCUCUUAAGUCUGCUUAUUUGUUAGCUAGGGGUUCAAACCCUUUGAACCUGGGUAUUUCUUCUAUGGAGUGGAUUUGGAAGGCUGACACUCAUCCACGGAUCCAAUUUUUUAUGUGGCUGUGUUCGCAUAACAGUUUGCCUACUAAUGAAAUUCUGGGUUCAAGAGGUUUAAACCUCAAUCCUUCAUGCUUGAUUUGCCACCAGGAGAAUGAAUCGGUGGACCAUCUUUUGAGAAGAUGUUGUGUGGCGCAGGAUCUUUGGCGUAAGCUCAAAUUUCCUUGUGAUCUGCUGCCUACUUUUGACCAACCAAUAGGGAAGUGGCUGGAAUUGAACUGCACUACUGGGGUCAUCUCUAAUCUUUUGGGCAUUCCGUGGAAGAUUGUGUUUCCCAUGGGAAUUUGGCAACUUUGGCUUGCUCGCAACAGGUUUUAUUUCAAGACUGGUGUUAUUGAUAAGCUAAUUCAUACGAAGUGUAUUAAAGAUAGUGCAGAAUUCUUUGCCAGUGGGACUAAGGAUCGGUGCAACAAAAUAAAAAAGGUGAUUCGGGUGGCUUGGGAAAAACCUCCUGUGGGCUGGAUGAAGCUUAACUCUGAUGGGUCUGCCUUGGGGAACCCGGGUAAGGCAGGGGGAGGGGGCUUAAUUCGAGACCACCAGGGAAACUGGGUUAGAGGCUAUGCCCGGGCUCAUGGAUACACUAGCAGCACCAUUGUCGAGCUAUGGGCUCUACGGGAUGGUCUAGAAAUCGCCAAAGAUCUUGGGCUUAACAACCUCAUUAUUGAGAUGGAUGCCUUAAGCAUUGUCUUGCUAAUGAAUAACAGUAAGGCCAAUCUUUCAAUGGAACCUCUGCUAUCUGAUUGCAGGAAGCUGUUAACUGCCAUUCCAAAUAAGAGGGUUGUGCAUAUAUUCCGUGAGGCGAACCAAUGUGCAGACGUGCUGGCAAGAUAUGGAGGAAGUUCCACUUCUAAUUUUGUUGUUUUUUUGAACCCACCGCCUGUGGUGGUUGGUAGUCUCCUUGCUGAUAAGGAGAAUUCCUUUUGUAAUAGACUUGUUCCUGCUUAG